CGCUGGCCCAGGAGCCUGCAGAAGACGGCCUCCGGUGGCCGGUUUGGGUGGCCUGGGGCUGUGGCUGCAGCCAGGCAUGGCAGACUCUGCACAAGCCCAGAAGCUGGUGUACCUGGUCACUGGUGGCUGUGGCUUCCUGGGGGAACAUGUGGUCCGCAUGCUGCUGCAGCAGGAACCCCAGCUCCGUGAGCUGCGCAUCUUUGACCUACACCUGGGUCCCUGGCUGGAGGAGCUGAAGACAGGGCCCGUGCAGGUGACUGCCAUCCAGGGGGACGUGACCCAGGCCCACGAGGUGGCAGCAGCUGUGGCCGGAGCCCACGUGGUCAUCCACACAGCUGGGCUGGUGGACGUGUUUGGAAAAACCAGUCCUGAGACCAUCCAUGAGGUCAACGUGCAGGGCACGCGGAAUGUGAUUGAGGCUUGUGUGCAGACUGGAACACGCUUCCUGGUCUACACAAGCAGCAUGGAAGUUGUGGGUCCCAACAUCAAAGGCCAGCCCUUUUACAGGGGCAAUGAGAAUACCCCAUACGAAGCAGUACACAGACACCCCUAUCCUUGCAGCAAGGCCCUAGCUGAGCAGCUCGUCCUGGAAGCCAAUGGGAGGAAGGUCCUCGGGGGAUUGCCCCUCGUGACAUGUGCCCUGCGUCCCACCGGUAUCUACGGCGAAGGCCACCAGAUCAUGAGGGACUUCUACCACCAGGGCCUGCGCCUGGGGGGUCGGCUCUUCCGGGCCAUUCCAGCCUCUGUGGAGCAUGGCCGGGUCUACGUGGGUAACGUGGCCUGGAUGCACGUGCUGGUGGCCCGGGAGCUAGAGCACCGAGCUGCACUCAUGGGUGGCCAGGUGUACUUCUGCUAUGACAACUCACCCUACAAGAGCUAUGAGGACUUCAACAUGGAGUUCCUGGGCCCCUGUGGACUCCGGCUGGUGGGCACCCGCCCACUGUUGCCCUACUGGCUGCUGUUGUUUCUGGCUGCCCUCAAUGUCCUGCUGCAGUGGCUGCUGAGGCCGCUGCUGCUCUAUGCGCCCCUGCUCAACCCCUACACGCUGGCUAUGGCCAACACCACCUUCACCGUCAGCACCGACAAGGCUCGGCGCCAUUUUGGCUAUGAGCCCCUGUUCUCCUGGGAGGAGAGCAGGACCCGCACCAUCCGCUGGGUGCAGGCCGUGGAGGGCUCAGCCCGGUGAUGGUGGAGCUGGGCCUGGAGGCCAGCAUGGCACAGCCAUCCAGGUCCAGAGCCCUCAGACCCUGGUGGGGAGGGAAGGCUGCAUUCUAGAGCCGGAGGAGGAGGGGUCUGGUGCCAGACUGGCUGUCCUGUAGCUCUCCACAUUGUUAAUUCAUGAGCCUUGAGCCUGUGUCCCAAUACCCCUCAGUUCUAGGGCAGGGUUUUGGAGCAAGUGUGUCUUCACUCUCAACCCAGGCCUGACGGCUGGUUGGCGAGGGUCUGAUUCCCCUGACGUUCUCCACGGUCCCAUCCCAUUUCUGGCUUUUCAAGCAGGAAGUGGGUAGAAGUUCCACCGGGCCUCGUGCUGGACCUCGGAUAUCCAGGUGUGAUCCUCAGACCCGGGUUCAGAGUGAAGAUGCUUUCUGGCUCCUCCCACCACCUUUGUCCCUCCUUGGGGUUCAUAGUCCCAUUAUUUUAAAACAUUUAUUAACCCUUGGACAUUUAUCUUUUAAUUCUCUUCAACGAAGGCUGAGGAAAUCU